AUGCCAAGUCCUGCAACCCCCCACCAGCCAAACCACGACAAGCGCAAGCUCUCCGACCUUGAGCGUCGCGCCAUCUAUGAGACGCUCCUUGGGCGCAGCAACAACGGCCGCAUCGCCCAUGGAGAGUACACCACGACCACCGCCACCUUCCAGUGCCAUUGGAAGACGGUCGCACGCAUAUGGAAGCGUGGACAAGAGUCGCUCCGCAAUGGCAGCGUUGAUGCCGUUGUCAUCGCACGUUUCAAAGGGAAUUCGGGCCCAAAAGUGCAACGCAGCCCAAGCGACAUCAGGGCUGCCGUCAAGGCUGUUCCAUUGGUGGCCCGCCAGAUUCUACGUUCCGUUGCGGAGCACUCGGGUGCCCCCAAGACCACGCUCAAGACAACGAAAGAAGCCGCGUGA